AUGACCAUAAAAGGAGGCACAAAGCAAGCUUGUGCUGCAUGUAAAUAUCAAAGGAGAAAAUGUGUCCCGGACUGCCCUCUUGCUCGCUACUUCCCGGCCGAUCAACCGAAGAUGUUUCUGAAUGCUCACCGCCUUUUCGGGCUGAAGAAUAUCGGGAGAAUCUUGAAGAAAGUUGAUAGUGCUAAGAAGGAUGAAGCUAUGAGAACCAUCAUUUUCGAGUCUACCAUUCGCGCAAAGUAUCCGGUUCAUGGAUGUUGGGGGAUUAUAUGCAAACUUCAGCAUCAUAUACAAUCCGCCAUGGAUGAGGUUCGAUUGGUGAAGGCGACGGUGGCGAGAUGCAAAGAGUGUAACCAGUAUCAAGUAUCUUCCUCAUCAUCACCUUCUGAAAUAAGCACAGUUUCGAUUCAUAAUGUUGUUAAUUUAGGGCAAUAUAAUGAUUUGUAUGCAGAAACCAGUGAGAAUUUGAUGAACCAAAAUGAUUUGAAGAUUGAAGAAGACCCUUUUUAUGAUGAUCCUGAAGAUUUUCAGAUUACAGUUCCGGAAUUACAAGUUCCUCAGGAUUAUGAUCAUAAUUUACCAACCUUUGAUAUUACUGGUUUUGAUCACAACGAGCGGUUUAUUAAUAUUAAUCCAUCCAAAGAAGGUUCAAGUGGGCGCUAA